UCACUCGCUUCCAGCGCACAGAAACGGCAGGAUUCCGGAUGUACUUGGUUUCGACUCCCUUUAUUUCGCGGAGGGUAUAAAGAGACGCGUGCUUUGAUGAUUUUUUCCCACAUCGUUAGCCAAACAAGCUAACAGAGAGUGUUUGGACUCGGCUUCCCAGCAUGCGUUGCUUUAUUUGGUCUCGUCGCUGAGCUCGGAGAGAGACGGAGCGAGAGAGGCAGAGAGAGAGCGAGAGAGAGAGAGAGAGGGGCAGAAACCCCACCAGGGACGACGGCCAGUAUGUCAGAAUGAAAAUAUUCACGCUGUCACAUCGUCUCUUCUUCUGGAAACAGACCUUUACGCCGUGAAUACAGCAGCUUCACUGUGUGUGAGAGUGUGCGAGUGUGUGUGAGAGUGCGCAAGUGUGCAUGGUUCAUCAUGGCCUCAGAGAACGUGACCUUGGAGAAUCAGCUCCACAGUGCUCAGAAGAACCUGUUGUUUCUGCAGCAGGACCACGCCAACACUCUGAAGGGUCUUCAUGCAGAGAUCCACCGACUACAACAGCACUGCACAGACCUGACAUAUGAGCUGGUCGUCAGGAGUUCAGAUCCAAACGAUAGUGGUGAGGCGCGGUGCAGGGAGCUGCAGCGCCGCUGUGAGGAGCUAGAGGCUCAGCUGAAGGCCAAAGAGCAGGAGAACGCUGAGAUGAUGCGUGAUCUGGAGCAAAAAAAUGCCAUGAUCUCAGUGCUGGAGAACACCAUCCGCGAGCGUGAGAAAAAGUACCUGGACGAGCUAAAGCUGAAGAGCCACCGACUGGCCGUGCUGUCUGGUGAAUUGGAGCAAAGGGCCAGCACUAUCGCCUACCUCACCUCACAGCUCCAUGCCACUAAAAAAAGGCUGCUGGCCGGCAGCUCAUCCGGCGCAAGCCCAGCGGUCAGCCCUAUUGGCUCUUUCAAACCCGCUCCACCCCCUGAUCCACCAGCCAGCGCCUCAGACGGUCGGCAGCCGGACACUCCUCGCAGGCGUAUGCGUAAAAGCCUGUCUCAGCCGCUACACUCCGAAUACACUGAGCUGUACCGGCUCGGGGCGGCAGAGGGGCGCAGGGUCGUCCUGAGAGAUGCAGUGGAUGCCAUGCCUGACCCUACUCCGUUCUUGCAGGCCCGAGAGCCGCCCCCAAAUUCAUUAGCUGAGGCCCAGCCGUUACUACGGGAUCGACCCCCAGUAAUCCCGCCUAUCGCACCCCAAACCAGUCCCUCUGCCCCAUCGAGCCCCGCCCACCUCCCAGCAUCCCCGAGCCCCAGAAGUAGCCCGGCGCGGGACGGGCAGAACCGAGGGUCAGCCCACAUAGGCGUGGCCCACAGGAUCCACCGCUCACCGUCAGCUGGGGGCGGGGCAGCCAGGGCACAGCCAGAGGUGGAGACGCUUGCUGUGGAUCAGGUCAGCGCUGAGAAGGUGGUCCGCAAACGCUCGGGCACCGACAGGACUGUUUAAGACAUACGUACAGACAUGCCUACAUACAUACACACAUACAUACACAUACAAUACACUGACAUGCUUUGUUGCUGUUGGGACAAAACCUUGUAUCUCAGCCCUUAACGCCUUUACAUUAUAUUAGAAUUUCAUGACGAAUGGGACCCAAAGACAUGGUCCAAAUUUACUUGCAAUACAUGAUUUGUACUUUAUUUUAAAAGUUAAGGAUGGUUUUUUUUUUCCUUUUUACUGUAAAGUUAUACAAGGUUUUGUACCGACAGCAAUGAUAUACAGACUUUGUCCAAUGCAGAGUGGGCAGAACUGUUUUAAAGUAAUAGUUUGGCCAAAAAUGAAAUUGACUCAAUUUUCUCGACACGUUUCCGCUACAACAUGUUUAGUGUCUGAAGUUUGCUUCUUUAUUGUUGCCCUGGAGCUACAAGGCUAUUGUAGCUAAAAAGUAAUGGAAACUUUAUGAUGAACAAAGGUGUAUGUAGCUAAAAAGCUAAAAACAGUGGCAUCUAAUAGCUACAGCACUGGCUACAAUCUUCUGUAAUGGUUCUGCAAAAAAUCUAAUAUACUCAGCUUUUCCACUUACCCCAGAGACUUGCUGACAAGCUUCACUGUGUACCUAAAGCCAGCGGGUCGUCCACCGUGUGCAUGCAGGCAUAUCUGGUGAACAAAUUCAAUAGAUAAUUGUACUUGCAAUUGGCAAUCCAAGGGGUCCAAGCAUUUUACAUUUUAGCAAUUACUGAAUGCACCCCCUAUCCAGUGAUUGCAAACUGUUUCAACAUGAUGCAGUGAGCAAGGAUUUUACAUGAAUGGCAAAACAUUCCCGUUGUGCUGCCGCUCUAAAUCAAUUGUUUACUGUUUAGACAAUCAUAGCUAACAGCAAAAUUUUCAGAAUAAGGCACAGUGUCAGUUCCUGUGAAGUAUGGAAACUGAAUGAAACUUCACUGUGUACCUAAAGCCAGUGGGUCAUCCACCAUGUGCAUGCAGGCAUAAGGAUACUAAACAGUAUGUUAGAGAUUUCUGUUGUUUAUUUUUUAUAAACAACUGUUCAUCUCAAAGAUAUUUGUUUGAAAAUAGCAACAACAAUCCAUAUUUCUGUGUAAAGUCCAUGCAUGCAAAGGGCAGCUGAAGGGGAUGAACACCACGUUCAGCUUCGUGGUGAAGUUUUGUUUACUUAGUGUAGCUCAUUGUGUCCUAAAGUACAGCAACACGUCUGUGUGAAAGUGGAUAAUUUUGUAAAGUAUGUUUUUUUGCUGAUCCAUUUCUUUAGUCGGAAUUUUGCCUUACUGUUUGUUCAGGUUUAUAGAUAACAGUCUCAGAAACGACAUCUAUUAUUUAACAACAUCUAUUACUUAACAAAGCCUCGUAGCUUCAGUACAAAACUAGAGAACACCAAACAAGUCUGAUUUGACUAUAUGUGAAGUAAGCGGAACAUUUUUGGCUGCACCUUUGCUUUAAGACCAUGGAAAUACACAAGCACUAAUUCAGCACAAGAGGAAGCAGAAUGUAGAACUAUCUCUCACACACACACAGACAGACAGACAGACAGGCAGACAGACAGAGACAUAUCUCUCAGUCCAUUAUGAGUAGAAUUAUCAAACUGGAAUUCUUAAGUAGGUGCACUAACAGACCUCUUAAACACACUGGAUGUCAUACACUGGCACAUUUAUUAAUACUACUUCUAGGUUGUAUAAAUGGACCAAUAAGGAUCUGAUGCGUGCUGCUAUUAAAACUGGAGAAUGAGUGGAUGGGCGAAAAGCAUCAACUACUGUAUAGCCUCUUGCUUUUUAUGUAACACUGCUAUUCAACUCGGAGACAAACCAAGGAGAAUCUGUCAUCUUCAGUGUCUCAUUUUGUCUGGAUGUCUGUUGGAAACGACUGUGCGCAUGCCAAAAGAUUUACUUUACUUAACUCAUCCCACCGACUCACACGUUUCCGGUUUCCUUUCUCUCGUUGUCUCGCUCUGUUCUUCUUGUAAAGUGCACAACUCGUACACGCGGCCAAAUCUUGUCGUUGCCUGCUGAUCUAAUCCGCUCCGAUAUGUACUCCUCCUCUCUCAUAUUUAUUCAUGAGCACUGCAGUAGUAAUGCAGUUUGGCACUGUCCUUCAGCCUCCACUGGUCUUCUGUACAGGCGUCUCACGUAAUUAAUGUAGGCUCUUCUGCUUCACUACAUAUAUACAAACAUAUAAAAGCAAUUUAUGAAAAAAAAACACCUGGAUU